CUUUUUAAAUUAUUGCACACUUUUCAAAUUUCUGUACGUUUUGACAAAUUAAAAUCAAAGCACGCAGCAGAUAUUACCCUUUUACAAAUACUGCAUAAUUUCCUGACAAAUAUUUUAUUUCACAAUAAAAGUCCUCUACGCAAAUGCCUUUAUUUCGUAUGCGUAAAAUUCCAUUCGCAAACAAAAUCUUUAAUUCCGUCUAAUAGGGAAUGUGUAAAAUUGGGGUGCGAUUUAAAUUUCUGUUGGGGCUAAGGAAGUUUAAUGUAUACUUGAAGAAUAAAUCUCAACACCCACAAAUCGCAUUAUGUGCAUGUCCCCCACACACGAGUAGGUAAAUGAGAAUUCAAUCUUCCAACCACUCUGGUUUGUAAUGCUGUUAAUCCAAUUACCACCAGAUUGUAAAACAGUAUCGACAUUUUGAGAAUGGAUUAAAGCGCAGGUGGUGGAAAACAGAUUGGUAUUAAGUUUACACUCUAAUAAACUCUAACAGAACAGCUGCCUGCCUCUUUUCCAAGCCGAUAAGGGCGAUCGAAAAACUCAGUAUCGCAUCAGUCUUCAUCCACACAAUGCAGAAGGCAGAGAAACGGUUUAACAGUAUACUUCAAAAAACGACGAACUCCAAAAUUUCUUGUGACGAACUACUUACAUUAGACGUUGUGCAUAGAUUAUGUGGACCGAAAAAGGGCAACACUAAGGUAAAGUGCUUUAUUUUCGUCAUUGUUGUCGCUUGUAUGUGGUGGGCCUACUUCGGAAUAUCGAGCACAUCGGAGUGUCUCGUUGAAAUGCCUUUUGAAUCCUCAAAAAUAUUUCGAGAACCCGAAAAUUGCGGAAUAUGCCUUAACACGUUUGAGGUACCUAAAGUAGAAAACAUUUCGAAGCAGAACUUUGAGCAACUGUACGUUAACACGGGAAAGCCGGUGGUUGUUACCGAUGGAACUAAAAAUUGGUUAGCCAUGCAGACGUUCAGUUUUAAUUUCUUUAAGCAGUUAUACCAAAGCGUGGAUCAGCACAUUUCCACUCAAUCCGAGUGCCAGUUCUUUCCAUACAAAACCGAGUUCACAAGCCUUGCGGAAGCACUAAACAUGAGCGUGGAGAGAUCUCGCUUAGAACCGGAAACUUUACCAUGGUAUAUCGGUUGGAGUAACUGUAACGAUAAAGCGGGAAAUAUUCUUCGGGAAUACUACAAUCGCCCUUACUUUCUUCCAGACAACUCUGAAAGUAUCGCGUUAAGUUGGAUAUUUAUGGGAGGGCCAGGUUUUGGCGCACAUAUGCACGUGGACAAUGUGCUGUACCCAUCUUGGCAAGCGCAAAUACGUGGUAAAAAGUUAUGGAGAUUAGCACCUCCUCCUGAAUGCUUUUAUCGUUGUCGUGAAAUGGAAGUAACCGUUUCUCCAGGAGAUAUAAUUGUUGUGGAUACAAAUCGGUGGUAUCAUCAAACACAUAUUUUACCUGGAGGCGUCAGUAUUACAAUUGGUUCCGAAUUUGAUUGAAGUGGCGCAAUAAAUUAAGAAUGGGAUAAUAUAAGUGUUAUAUGUAAGUUAUCAUUAAUAAAUGUAUCGU